GGUAGGACGGAGUGUUUAUCAUGAGCCCGUGGGAUUCAGCAGCAGUCAGUUGUAGUUUCUAAAUGGAGGAUUCGCGUGUUGUUCCCAUUGCAUCGCAGCACCUGACCUGAUGUGAGUCUCAUUCCAGCAGCCGUGACGGGGACAGACGGUAAAGACAUUAAAGAGAGGCGGGACGCACAUCGAGGCUCAAGUGUGAGGAAGCUUUCACCCCGGUGUACACACUUCACCCAAACGGGGAACGACUUGAUUGAGAUAUGGGGUGUAGGCUGCCUAAGUUGCGGAAGGCAGAAGAGAGGCGAAGCCCGGGCAAUAUCUACUCCACCCUUCGACGGCCACAGGUAGAGACCAAAGUGGGCGUGGCAUACACCUACCACUUCCUGGAUUUCCUGUUGGGGAAAGAAGAGGUGCCGGUGUCAUCGGUGCUUUGUCUCUCCUCGGUCAGAGAGCUACCGGUUCAGGUCCGGGAACUCUACGCGCAAGGUUUCGUCCUGGUCGCCGUCCACCCUUUUGUCCAUCCAUGCGGCCCUAGUCACGCACACAUCCAGCGCCAGCUGCACCGGGCCGUGCUGGUCCGAGAGACGCCAAGUUCAGAGAAAAGCCAACUGAGGUGGGCAAGACAUCGUCUAGAGACAGACGUGUGUGUGGCAGGUCAUCAGGCUGCUGACCCAGAGGUGAUCCAGAGCUAUGUCAAGAGGAUCCAGGACGUAGCAGAGCAAGGAGUGAUGUUCGUGGGCUUCCUCCAGCAGCCGGGUGGAGGACCCUGCUACUUGGGGCACUGGGAUCCUGAAGAGCUGUCCUCCUUACAUUCAAGCCCUUCCCCCAUUCGUCGACACCCCUUCAGCGCCAACAACAGCCCAACAGACCCUCCAGAGCCACAUCAUAACGACGCCGAAGCUGAACAUCACCACUUUGAACCUCAAGAGUUCGAUCUUGAAGGUGUAGAAAAUAACACACGGGACGACAACCCAAAAGAACCAGACUUCAGGCCGCUGAAACCCAUACAGAGUUUAGAGCUUAAUCGAGGAGGGUCCUUUGAGCAAAUCCAGACCUUGCAGAUCAGCCUCAAAGAGUCACUAGAAUCUACAAACCAACUUCAAAGUCACAGCAAGCCCAGUGUAGACACAGUUCAGUGGUGUUCAAAUCAAAACCCAACAGACGCCCAAGGGGACCAGCGGUGUCCCAGCCCUCCAGAAGCUGCUGGUAUAAUCAGACAGAAGAAGGACCAUCUACCAGGCCUCAAAGAAUCCACAGAGAAACAUUUGAACCUUUCCAACCAGAGAGAAGGACAAAGUUCAAGCUCCGACAGCUGGCCCAGCUCUCCUGAACUGGACGGAAACCACAAAAGAAAGUCCAACUUCACAGACGGGCAGAGCAGUUUGACGACGCACAACAACAACAAUCAUAUCCGGCUCAAGAGUUCAGAGAAAGAUAAGAAUUCAACUUCACCUCCAGCGCAGGGUGGGAUGCAGCUCUUUGCAUUGUACAACCACACAGGGGAGCUGAACGCUUCAGUGAGGUUCUACUCAAUCAGGGUGCCACUGUUAAUACAAAAGGAAGCCGGGUUAAUCACGGACGUUGACACACACUGGCUUGACCACAUGACUCAGCAUUUCACCAGCGGUGCGCACCUCAUCGACGGGUUUUUCCACCUCGGAAAUGAUAACGACAAUGGGGUUUCAUCUGUGGAUAGUGUGUUCAUCUUCCAGAGCUCUGCAGAGGAGACCACAAACGCCUCCUACGACGCCAUCGUGGUCGAGCAGUGGACCGUUGUUGAUGGUGUCGCGGUGAAGACGGACUACAUCCCCUUGCUCCAGUCUCUGGCUCCUUAUGGAUGGAGGCUGAUGUGUGUGUUACCCACACCCAUUGUCAAGACAAACAGUGACGGGAGUUUGUCGACCAAGCAAAUCCUCUUCCUUCAGAGACCCGUUUUGCAGCGCAAGAGAAAAGACUUCAAGAUGCUGAACCUCAGGGGUCGCAGCAAGACAAAGAAAAAGUCUACUGGAGAAACGCAAGAGGAGAGAGAGAACAUGUCCCCACUGAUGGAGACAGAGAUGGAUGGGUUGAGAAGAAACACAAAAGAGGAGGAGGAGGAGGAAGAGGCCGAGGGGAGGAAGAGCAGGGACAGCGGAAGGAGCCUUCAGAAGGGUGGAGAGGAGCUGGAAGAGGAUGCACGGCAUCAAAGGGGCUUCUUCUACCUUUCGGGGAGCAGGGCUUCUGUUGAGGAAGAGGAAACAGACAUUGAUAACAUCCCUCUGUCUGAGCAAGAGAAGUCGGACAGUUGGACAGAUGUGUGCCAGAGAGAUGAUGGAGGAGUCAAGGAGGAGCUGAAGACGGAGGAGCGCAUCAAACAGCAGCUGUUUUCCGGCGUCUGUUGACACAUUGGGCACAAAGCAGGCGAGGAGUGAGGCCUGUUAGGUUUACGGAAAAAAAAUGCCUUUUUGAAAUCACUGUUUUUUUUUUUUAUUCCAACCCAGAUGUGGUCAGUCAUACUGUUACUAGUCAUCACGUACCGUUACCUUCGCUUCAGUCUGCUCGGUUUCUGGCGUUAACACUGUUGCGAGUCGUUGAGGUUGUAGCUCCCAUGUACGGGAACGUGUCGUGCAGUUCUCUGCUUUGGGUCGGUAUUGCCGUUUGAUGUAUCAGUAUAUGAAAUUAAACAGUUCAAGGCUAAUGGAGAACAACCUAGAGCGAGUCUCCGGUCCAAGCAUUUUGUGUUAUUUUCUUGCCCCGCGUUGUAUUUGACUUAUUUCUUGUAAAGGGACUGUUAAGAAGGGAAAACUGAUUUCCAGCGGCUCACUGUAUUUUUAUAUGUAAAGUAUAUUAUUUAAAAAUCAGGGCGAGAGAUAAAAGUUGACAAAGUUUGUAGUACAAUGCUUAGAGCCUGAAUGAUAUACAUGCACUAGACAAUUAGCUUGUCUAGAUAUCAACUUAAUUAUUAACUAAGAAAUUGCAUUAGAGAAAUGUGUCUUUUGUCCUUGUUAAAUACUGUGGUUUAUUUGCAAAUUCUAAAAUAUUUAAUUGAAUGCACUCCAUCACAAUUUAGACAAACAGUUUUAAUAAGGAUCCCUUAAAUUUGGUAGUAAGAAAAAUGGAUUUCAGACGAUUAGUUAAACAAUUCUGUUCUACAACGCAUUGAGAUAUUAGAUGCUACAUUUUAUUGGUCUUAAACAUUCAGUUUGUGUAAAUUACAAAAUAAGUAUUACGUCAUUAGCUCUAGUUGAAAUCUAGAUAGUUUUGGUUUUCUUUGGCCAGGUUUUGAGAUGGACAUCUCAAAUCCUUUCUUUACCUCAAUUCAAUAGAGGUGAAAGGAAUUUAGUCUGCGGUGCUUGUUAAUAAAUACAUGAGAAAGUGAAACAUCUCUUUUCAGAAGCAUGUCCCGGCUACUCCUCACAACACAUGGUCGACACUUUACUUUGACUUUCUUCAGUAGAAAACCUUAAGGUCUGUUGAUUAUCCAGAGUAAUGUUAGCAUAAUUAUCAGCAGCUGAUAUCUCAAACCCAAAAUGUCUGCUUUGUUAGAUACAAGAGAAAAUUAUUUUUGUCAUUUGGGAGAACUGACUUUUAAAAAGGUUUUUUAUUUGAAAGAAAUGGGUGAAUUAGAACUAUUUAUUACUUAUUUCCUGGAACACCUGUGUCAUGUCUAAGUAGUGUAACAUGUGAGUCUUUAUAUAAAAGCAGAAGUCAAUAAAGUGUUUAAAAACA